AGGUACUUCACUCACCAACAAUUCCAUAUAUUUGCCAGCACUUGUUGCCUGUCUAAUUUUUUGCCGCUUGUAUUAUUUAUGCAUAUAAUGAAGCUCUAGAUUCGACAAAGAAAUCCAGCCAUGAUGGUUAUUGCAGUUGGACAGUUUCUCUUGGCACUUGUGGCUUGCAGUACCCAUGUCGUCGUCUGCUCCUCACAUGGAAAUGCGACAGAUCGGUUAUCACUGCUUGAAUUCAAGGAGGCAAUCAGUCUUGAUCCCCAGCAAGCUCUGAUGUCCUGGAAUGACAGCACUGACUUCUGUAACUGGGAAGGUGUCUCGUGUAGGCCUAAGAAUCGACAUCGCGUCACUUCCCUUGACCUCAGCGGUCGAGGCUUACAAGGGUGCAUCUCUCUUUCACUUGGAGAUCUUACAUUUCUAAGAAAUCUAUCCCUACCAGGCAAUCUGUUCAUUGGACAAAUCCCUGCGUCCCUUGGUCACCUGCAGCACCUCCAAAAUCUCUACUUGAGUAAUAACACACUCGAGGGUGAGAUACCAGACUUCGCAAAUUGUUCUAGUCUGCAGAUGCUAUGGCUGGAUCGCAAUCACCUAGUUGGACAAAUCCCUACACAUGCCAAUUUUGCUCCUCACCUUCAAAGCCUGCUGAUUUCAUAUAACAAUCUUACCAGCAAAAUUCCCGUUUCACUUUUUAACGUCACAACACUGACUCGACUUGAUAUCUCAUCAAAUCGGAUCAGUGGCGAGAUCCCAAGUGAAAUCGGAAAUAUGCCCAUGCUGCAAUUCUUUUUCACCUGGGGAAAUAAGCUAUCAGGAAGGUUCCAACCAGCCAUCCUCAAUGUGUCUUCUCUUGUUGUACUAAGCCUUGCCUCCAACUAUCUAAGUGGCCAACUGCCAUCCAACCUUGGUAGUUCAUCACCCAAUCUUCAAAAGUUUGGUUUAUUUAACAACUUGUUCGAUGGGCCUAUCCCAAAUUCGCUGGUGAAUGCUUCUAAGCUAUCCUUGGUUGAUUUGUCGAGUAAUAAUUUCACUGGGGUGGUGCCUAGUUCUAUUGGCAAACUUAAAGAGCUCUCCUGGUUGAAUCUUGAAUACAAUCAAUUACAAGCACGUGACAAGCAAGACUGGGAGUUUAUGAAUAGUCUAAGCAAUUGCACUGAGCUACAGAAAUUGUCGCUGCGUGGGAAUCGUCUUGAAGGACGGUUAUCAGAUUCAUUUGCCAACCUUUCUGCCAAACUUGAAAUGUUCUUCUUCGGAAGAAACAGACUAUCAGGGGGUUUUCCUGCCGGUAUAGCUAACCUUCACAGCCUGAAGUUUUUGGCAUUGGAUGAAAACCAGUUUACCGGUGUCAUUCCGGAAUGGCUAGGGACUCUGGAGAACUUGCGGGGUAUCGUAUUAAGGAACAAUGCUUUUACAGGAUAUAUUCCAUCUUCCCUCUCUAAUUUAUCUCUACUGGGGCAACUCUUUUUGGAUUCUAACCAGUUGUAUGGGCAUAUACCCCCGAGCUUGGGAAACCUCAAAACCCUUGAAUCAUUGGAACUUUCCAAUAACAUUCUUGAUGGUAGCAUUCCAAAGGAGAUAUUCAGCAUUCCUACAAUUAGAGAAAUUGCGCUAUCUUCAAAUAGCCUAGGUGGACCACUUCCUACUGAAGUAGGCCGUGCCAAGAAACUACAGUACUUGUAUCUUUCAUCUAAUAACCUGUCCAGUGCCAUCCCUGACACACUGGGUAACUGUCACAGUAUGGAAUACAUUGAGUUGGAUCAGAAUUUUCUUAGUGGAAGCAUUCCAGUGUCACUGGGCAGCAUCAGAAACUUGCAAGUACUCAAUGUAUCUCAUAACCACUUAUCAGGAUCCAUACCAAAGUCUAUUGGCAGCCUGAUGUAUCUUGAACAACUAGAUUUGUCAUUCAACCAUCUUGAAGGUGAAGUCCCAGAAACAGGUAUAUUCAAGAAUGUGACCGCUUUAUGGGUGGAUGGGAACAAGGGGCUUUGCGGUGGUGCAGCGAAGCUACACCUACCGGCCUGCCCUGCUAUUCCUUCAAAUUCAACUAAGCACGUGAGAUCAACAGUGCUCAAAGUAGUAAUCCCGUUAGUCAGCAUGGUAUCACUUGCUGUGGUCAUAUCUGUCUUGCUAUUCUGGAGGAGAAAACGGAAGAAGGUUUACAUGUCUCUUCCUUCUUUUGGUCGAAAGUUUCCCAGGGUUUCUUGCCACGAUCUUGAUAGAGCAACUGAUGGAUUCUCCACAUCCAACUUGAUUGGCAGAGGAGGAUACAGUUCUGUGUACAAAGGUAGACUGUUGCAAGAUGGAACUACUGUUGCUGUGAAAGUUUUCACCCUAGAGACAAGAGGAGCACAAAAGAGCUUCAUUGUGGAAUGCAAUGCUUUGAGAAAUGCGCGGCACCGGAAUCUAGUUCCUAUCCUAACUGCUUGCUCGAGUAUCGAUUCUAAAGGGAAUGAUUUCAAAGCCCUAGUAUAUGAAUUCAUGCCAAAGGGUGACUUGCAAGCACUACUGUACUCAGCUUUGGGAGAUGAAAACACUUCAAAUUCAGAGCGCAUUACACUAGCACAAAGGUUGAGCAUUGUGGUGGAUGUAGCAGAUGCACUGGAGUACCUCCACCAUGACAACCAAGGAGCUAUUGUUCAUUGUGAUUUGAAGCCUAGCAACAUUCUUUUGGAUGAUAAUAUGACAGCUCAUGUUGGAGAUUUUGGCCUUGCGAGAUUCAAAGCUGGUCCGACACAGUCAUAUUUCAGUGACUCGAACUCUGCUUCUUCGACUAUAAUAAAAGGAACGAUCGGAUAUGUCGCUCCAGUGGGCAACUGGUGGUGAAGUUUCAGUUGCUGGGGACGUUUAUAGCUAUGGGAUUAUUCUGUUCGAAACAUUUUUGAGGAAGAGACCGACAGAAGAUAUGUUCAAGGAUGGACUGAGCAUCGCAAACUUUGUUGAGAUGAAUUUUCCUGCUGGGAUAUCAUAGAUUGUUGACUCUGAAUUGCUACAAGAUCGUCCAGCAGCCACGAAGGAAAAAGAUUUGGACUGUUUAGUCUCGGUGCUAAACGUUGGACUUUGCUGCACCAAGUUGUCCCCGAAUGAGCGCCCCAACAUGCAUGAAGUGGCUGCAAGCCUUCAUGGAGUUAGGGAGGCAUAUCUUGGAGGAAGAUAAGUCCCGCAGGUUGCCUCAAAAACCUGACCACAGGAGGUGGCUGCUGCGAACAACGAGUUUGUGGCUUCUGAAUGUAUGGUCAGGGUGUUCUACUACAAGUUUAUUUUGCUGGAGUACUGUUGUGCAAUGCGCUCAGUCUCUGAUGUUACUCAAAGCAGAGUCUGGGUGAUGGCUCUGGUUGGGAUAAUUUCGGGUUACAUGUAUUUUAAGGAAUUAAGUAGCUGGUUCCAUGCUUUGCAUGUUACUAGUAGUAUGAUGAUUGCUUUCGUGGGCAUUGUUGCAAUAUGAUUUGCUGGUCUAGACUCUUUUGAUGUAGAAGUGGUGACUAUUUUCUUACAGCUUGAGCCUACAUCCUAUAUAUGUUUUUCUCAAUCCAUGUAGAGAUUAAAUUGAUCAUGCAUCUGUACAUGUAAGUUGAAGUUUUUAGAAAGAUCUCCUUGAUAUAUACACGGAAUUUGGUUGGAAAACAGUGAACUAUCCAAGUUUCCUGUCUGGAACCCUAUGUUGAAGCAAGGAGGGAGAAGGGAUGGGGAAGAGGGUCAGCUCGGAUGGGUGUGGCCAUGUGGCAAAGGGAAAGCACACGCCCUUGGGCGAGGGUGGAGGGGGAGCGGCAAAAGUUGCCUUUUUCAACGGGGCUGGGGAUGGCAUAGCAAACUCUAUCCUAAGUCCUCGACACCU